AUGGUUAAGUUUAUAUAUCGCCGAGUCCUAGACAAAGGAUGGUUGAAGCCAGAUGAAAGCUUACGAGGGUCGGAGUAUGACCAUCUAGGAGUAGUCAUGCAAGUUGAAGACGACGAAUCAGUCCAUUACAUCUCAGAGCCAGAAGAUGUCAACCCAGAGCUCAAGGUUGUGUGCGAGAAGCUCAACCUUGCUGUAGCGUUCACCAUGUCUUCAGAGAUAUGCUCACCCCUCUUUUCUCGAGUAGGGAAGAACGACACCGAACUGACUCUCGGACCGUAUAAUUUGACCGUCCCAGUGGUCAAUAGCAUACGCGAGCUCGCUAGGAACGAUACUGGAGUGAGGCGGAGAGAUAUCAUGUGUCUCGUUCGUCAGGAAAGACUGGUGCUUGUGUGGAGCCAUACUGCAGAAGACUUGAUGGUCCAAGGGGUAGAUGUAGAGAGUAAGAUUAUGGGAACCCUUUGGGGUGCAGCAAUUCCUGAACAAGAUCGCCGACACACAUUCCGACCCACAACAGGUCGUGACUCCGGAUACACAACUCCAAGUAUCUAUGGCAAGAACUCACGAAGCGAGAAAGGAUCUAAGAGCAACAUCAUUGCGCGAGGAUUCGAAAUUGAAGAAAUUGAGAAGAAAGAUGGAACGUAUCUCGACAUUGACGACGAAGAAGCUAUGAAGAUUCCCAAACGACCUUUCCUGCUCACUCACAGUCUGAUGAUUGGCAUGACCGUCUGUCUGCUUGUCUGUGUGGAAAGUCUGGCUGUUCAGCAUAUCGUCGUCGAGAUCCGCACAUUGGGAUCGGUUGGCCUAUCGCGUCUUGCUUUACUUGCGACUCUUCCACUAUUCGUUUUCUUUGCAUUAUUCUUCUUCGUCGUCCUUAUCGGGUCGCUUUUCCAGCUUGUGGGCCCUAUUCAAGACCCAAAACAGGGUAACUCGAAGUACUAUUCAUCGCGUGCGCCACGCAGAGAACGCCACCGGAAUUUGGACUUACCGCACAUCAGUAUACAGAUGCCAGCAGUUUACAAAGAAGGCUUGAAAGGUGUCAUCAUACCGACCGUAACUUCUCUGAUGGCAGCGAUUAAGCAGUAUGAAGCCGAGGGCGGAACAGCCUCUAUUUUUGUUUGUGAAGAUGGAAUGCAAGCUAUUAAGCCCGAGCUGGCAGACGCACGCAAGCGAUUCUAUGAGCUCAACAAUAUUGGCUGGUGUUCCCGACCCCCACAUGGUAAAGACGGCUUCGUGAGACCUGGUAAAUUCAAGAAAGCGUCCAAUCUGAACUACUGUCUCAACUUCAGCAUUCGGGUCGAAGACGAGCUGCAGAGGCUUCUCAAAGCUCAUGCUGAUGAGCUACGCUGCGCGGAAGAAGAUAUCACUCUCGAACAGGAGAACGAUAUGUACGAGCAGGCCUUGCAUAAGAUUAUGGACGAUGAUGGAGGCCGCACGCAAGCUUCUGGAAACAUCAGGCUAGGAGAAAUCAUACUGCUCGUCGAUUGCGAUACUCGAGUGCCAGUCGAUUGCUUGGCUCUUGGGGCUAUGGAGAUGGCCGAGAGUCCUGAUGUCGCCAUCAUUCAACAUGCUAGUGGCGUUAUGCAUGUAAUCCAUACCAUCUUUGAAAACGCGAUCACGUACUUUACAAACCUUGUUUACCUUUCAAUCCGCCAUGCCGUUGGAAGUGGUGAUUAUGCACCCUUUGUAGGCCAUAAUGCCUUCCUCCGCUGGAAAGCGGUGCAGAGUGUGUCGUUCCAAGACAACGGCGUAGAUAAAUUUUGGAGUGAAAGCCACGUCUCGGAAGAUUUCGAUAUCUCCCUGCGUUUACAAAUCGCUGGUUUCGUUGUCCGAAUGGCGACUUACGAUCAUGGCAAGUUCAAAGAAGGUGUCUCACUAACCAUUUUCGAUGAAUUGCUGAGAUGGGAAAAAUAUGCCUAUGGCUGUUCAGAGCUUAUGUUUAACCCCAUCCAUACCUGGCUUUGGCGCGGACCGUUCACGAAGCUAUUCCGCACUUUCCUCUGGUCAAAUAUGAAGAUUUCUUCCAAGUUUACCAUAAUCGGGUACAUCGGAACGUACUAUGCCAUCGGAGCAGCGCUUCCCCUGUCAAUCAUCAACUACAUCAUCACUGGGUGGUAUGCCUCCACUCUGGACCAUUACUAUCUUUCCAGCUGGAAGAUGUUAGUGGGCACUCUCUUCGUGUUCAACAUCAUCUCUCCGAUUUGUUUUGCUUGGUUCCGUCACCGCAUGGGCGAUAAGAACUUCUUCUGGGCCCUACUUGAAGGCGUCAAAUGGAUGCCCAUGUUCCUCAUCUUCUUCGGCGGCAUGUCCUGGCACAUAUCCCAUGCGCUUCUCGCCCACCUGUUCUCCCUCCCAAUGGAAUGGACCUCCACUGCCAAAGAACUCGAAGGUACUGGCUUCUUCAUCAGCGUCGACAAAGUCAUUAAGAAUUUCAAAUGGAUGUUGCUCGCCAUGGCACCUGUUAUUGGCGGUAUGAUCUACCUUGCUGUAGGUGCGCCACGCGGCUGGAGGAUCGAAGACUUCACUAGUAUUGUGCCUUUGGCGAACCAGGUUGGUGCGCAUGUGCUGUUGCCGUUGUUGCCUAUUAUACUUGGGUCGUAA